CACAACUCGCGGCAUCUUUCCUUUCCUAUCUCGUCUCUCCACUCUCUUUCAAGGCCAUUCAUUGCACAUUAUCUAACGAAUAAUCAAAAUGACCUCCACAUUCCGCCCUUUCCCUUCUCUCCCUCUCGAGCUCCGGCUCAAAAUCUGGUCGUAUCUCCUCCCGGCCCCGAGAAUUGUGGACGUCAUCGCCAUCUCCACAGAAUCAAAUGAGCGGCAACAACUUUCUAAUUCCAAUCCGGCAGUUCCAUCUCCAGCCAUCCCAAAGCGGGCGCGGAGAUUCGUCGACGAUUUACAAUCCCCUCGUCAAGAUGUACCUGUAUUGAUGCAUGUGAGCCGUGAGGCGAGGAGCUUGGUGUUGAAGAAGUGGAGAGUGGUGGGUGGGGUGAAAGUUUUGGGGGAGAUGGAGAUGAGGAGGGCGGGGUAUCAGAGGUUUGAAGAUGGGCCUGACUGGGAGGAGAGGGGAAUUGUGCAGGGGUGUGGGUGGCAACUUAUGGAGGAAGGGAAGAGCGAUGAGCGGGAGAGUGUCUUUUACUUCCAUCCAGAAUCAACGAGAGCCACUCCAGUGUUGUUUAAUCCUGACAUCGAUGUCCUGUUUCUGGCGGAUCCGCCGUCGACGAGGAAAGUGUCGAGUCUCUCUGUUCUGGUUAGGUGGUUGGAGAGAGAUGUGGUUGAGAGUGCGAGGAAUUUGGCGCUUCCGUAUUAUAGCUGGAGGAAAGAUUACACGUUUGGGAAUCUUGGGGCUUUGAAGCAGUUCAAAAGUUUGGAAAGGCUUUGGGUUUGCUUUGUUGGGGAUGAGGGGAAGAAGUCCGCGGGCUGUAGGUGUUGGGGGGUUGGCAGCGGUGGAUAGAGUGGAAGUGGACGAAGAGGCUGAGGGGGAAAAAUAUUUGUUCGAGGUUAGGGAACAGAUCAGGGGUGAUGUUGUCAUGGAGAGGGCGUUGGUGGGGUGGAACAGGCCGAUUGUGAGUGUUGUAAAAGAUAGAGGGGUUGUGUUGCAGGAAUUGAGGGAUGGGCUUGAGGGGUAUGCUCCUGUUGGGAAGCAUGAGUGUUUGUCUGAUUGCGAAUGUAUGUGGACACCUGAGAGAGUCGCAAAGUAGUGGUCCAUUUGUAGUGGGACUCAAAUUUGCUCUUGCUUGUUCAUAGCAUACUUUGUGACAUUCACGACUUGGCCUGGAAGAAAGGUAUUAAAAUUUCUAGAGAACAUCUGCC